AUGGCGCGCGGGAGCGCCUCGAGGGCGAGCCCGUCGAUGCACGUCUUGGGACUCGAGCCCGGGGUCCUCGAGCGCGCGCUCGCGAAAGACGGCGAGGGCGUCAACUCCCCGCGUCUGCUGUUCCCGUCCAUCCUAGAGGCCGCGCGCGUUCGCGGCGGAGGACUAGGAUCGUCAGGCGCAGCGCGCGGAUCGUCGUCUUCGUCGUCGUCGAAACGUCAUCAUCACGGCGACGCGUCGUCCUCGCGCGCCGCGUCCUCCGCGCGUCCGUCCAGCAGCGCGCGAACGUCCACGCCGCCGUCGCCGUACCUCGCGAAGCCGUUAGGAUACGGCGACGUGAAGCUCUCGUCGAGCCGGCGAAGAAGAGGCGAGAGCGCGCGCGGGAGCCAAGGGGAGCGAUGGCGGAGCCCGGGACGAAGCGCGUCGACGUCGCCGUACUUUGAGCCGCUCGGCGCGUCGCCGACCGACCGCGCGGAGGCGCUCGCGAAGCUGAGAGCGCGGCUUUUAGGGGAGAAGACGGGUUCGGGGAAAAAGAAAGAGGGCGGCGGCGGCGGCGCGUUGGACCUGACGCCGCCGAACGCGCGCGGCGGCGGCGGCGGCGGCGGCGGCGGCAGCGGCGGCGAGUGCCAAAAAAACCAAAACGACCAAAGCGGCGUCGACGGCGGCACCCCCGGGAGCGAGCGAGUCCGCGCGCUGUUCGCGAAGACGUUAGACGGGAAAGUUCUCACGCUCGCGGAGAAGGGCGCGCUGACGCGCGCGGUGGAGAAGCAGCGCGCGGAACGUCUCGGCGGCGCGGCCGCGGGCGCGUCCGCGUCGCCGUUCACCCCCGCCGACGACGUCGCCGGCGGCGGCGGCCAAAAGUACCCGUGCUGGACGCCCUCCACGGGCAGCGCGGGGUCCCAACUUGCGGCGUACGCGGCGCCCGCGAACACGCCCGCGACGUUCCCCGCGCUCGUCACCCCGGACGGGUUCGGGGGGUUCACGCCGGCGCGGAGAGGGGCGCGCGCGACGCCGACGCCGCCGCCGACGCCGCCGACGCCGAGGAACGCGUUGGAACGCGCCGCGAGGGCGCGGGACCGCGGGCAGGCGCUCACGGCGGGGCAGGAGGCGGCGCUGAGCGCUUUGGACGCGCUGCGGAAGGGGAAGUUUUUGACCGAGAGGCAGAAGGAGGUGCUGAGACGCGCGCGGAUGGACGACGACGACGUCGUGUUCGGGGUCGGCGGCGCGGAGACGACGACGACGACGACGACGGCGGCGGCGGCGGGGAAGGGGGCGUCGCCCGCGGAGAAGGCGCCGGGUGGUCUCGGGGGCGCGUAG